UUGAGAGCGAGGGACUAUAGUGAUCGUGUUGCCAUCAUUGACUCGAAUGGCUCUCACUCGUACGACCGUCUUCUGCGAUUAAGUCAAAACAUUGGAAGCAGCCUCUUGAAAAGAACUGGCAGAGCAGAUCUCUCUGGACGAUGUGUCGCCUUCCUUUAUCCAAACGAUGUGUCUUACGUGGCUGCACAGUGGGCUAUAUGGAGAAAUGGGGGAAUCGCUGUUCCAUUGUGUAAUUCUCAUCCUUCAGACAUGUAUGAGUAUAUGAUUGAAGACUGCAACGCAAGCAUAGUCAUGUCAUCCGAAGAAUACGCUGCUAAACUGGAACCAAUAGCUAAGAGAAAAGACGUUGAGUUGAUGUUUCUGACAGAUGUAAAACAGUAUCACCAAAGUACACCAAGCGCAGAUUUCACAGAAGUAGAAAUAUAUGAGCAGUCUUGGGAUCAACGUGAUGCCAUGAUUAUCUAUACAAGUGGAACAACAGGACGACCAAAGGGAGUUCUAACAACUCAUGGAAAUUUGAGAUCCCAGAUUAGUUCUUUGGUAAAGGCAUGGGAAUGGAAUAAAGAUGAUUGCAUUAUUCACUGUCUUCCUCUCCAUCACAUCCAUGGCAUAGUAAACGUUCUUCUAUGUCCUCUUUGGGUUGGAGCCACUUGCCACAUGCUGCCCAAGUUUACACCUGAUCAGGUGUGGGGUCUUCUAACAGGAGAUGAACCACGCCCAUCUUUAUUCAUGGCGGUUCCUACAAUUUACAGCAAACUGAUACACUACCACGACAAGAGAAACCUGACUAAACAAGACAAAGAGACAGUGAAGUCAAAAUGUGAACACCUUAGGUUAAUGGUGUCUGGCUCAGCUGCCCUGCCUGAGCCUAUCAUGAGAAAAUGGCAAGAAAUAACAGGACAUACACUGCUGGAAAGAUAUGGAAUGACAGAGAUAGGAAUGGCUCUGUCCAAUCCCUUACAUGGAUCAAGAUUACCGGGUUGUGUAGGAACACCUUUGCCUGGAACAGAGGUUCGGAUUGUGACACAGAAUAAGGAAGGAAACAGUGAGGUUCGGAUUGUUAUAGUUGAAGGGAACGAACACGGUUCUGUCGUUUCCCCUGGCAACGAAGGAAAAGAAGGAGAACUUCAAGUUCGCGGACCAUCAGUAUUUAAAUGUUACUGGAAUAAACCUGAGGCAACCACAGAUACCUUUGAGGAAGGUUGGCUUAAAACGGGCGACACUGCUGUCUAUAAAGACGGCGUGUACCGUAUCCUGGGCAGGACAUCUGUAGAUAUCAUCAAAAGUGGGGGUUAUAAGAUCAGUGCUCUAGAAGUUGAGCGAUAUCUUCUCUCACAUGAUCACAUCACAGACUGCGCAGUGUUGGGCAAACCUGAUCCCGAGUGGGGAGAGAGAGUGGCGGCAAUUGUCACUUUGUCUCCCGGCAAGAAAAUGAGCCUUGUUGAUUUGAAGCAAUGGGCCAGCGGUCGUAUGGUGCCGUACCAGAUCCCCACGGUCCUUCUUGUGGUGGACGAGUUGCCAAGAAACACAAUGGGAAAAGUGAACAAAAAAGAGCUGAACGCAAUGUUCUUUGGUAAGGAAUGACGGAAAAGAAAUACACAAAUACACAACAAAUUGAACUCAACUUGAUUUAUAAAGUACAGGAAUAUACGUACAGAAAAUGUGAAACAAUCCGCUGUCUGGGAUAUUCUACCUCAACACAUGUCCAAGACAAGAUACUUUAAUUUACGAAAAUGAUAGAUGACAUUUAAUGCUGGCUUUAGUUUUGUGACAAUUAAUUAUUAAGGACACCUCCUACAACGGACACUAAUCUGUAGUUGGUCCCUACUGCAAUUCAGUUAGUGUAUAGUUAUGUUAAAGGUUCCUUUCAAGGAACUUAACUUGAUGAGGUGUCGGUGUUAAAAGACCGAUACCUCAUCAAGCUGGACAACAAACACUCGGAAACAUACAACGGGCACUUGGAAAGUGCUUUUUAUAAGUAUUACAAGUAAUAGCAACUUUUACGUUUACGUGAAAGCAAUGAAGCAUGAAAAUUACCAAACCAGACUAUAUUAGAAAGACUUCUAACUUCAGUUCAUUACAAGCUUUUUUUUGGCAAAUCUCAUACUCACUAGCUAAGAUUUCAUUGUUACUAGAAUUUCAUUCACACAACUGCUGCACAGUUAAAUAAGUUUCUCGAAUAUCGGGAUAGAACUGUUCAAAUUUUUUAGAAGCUGUUCAAAAAAAUUAAAUGUUGAAUAUUUAUAGUGGUCGAUGCGCUUAGCUACAACUAGCUAGUUCU